AUGAACAUAUUCCCUACCCUCUCCCCCCCCCUUCGUCACACUUACACUUUCUUGUCAUCUCACUCUUUCGCCCAUCCCACCCGUCAACAUCCGACACCACCAAAACUAUUUCCUCUUCACAGUCACGCAGCCUAA